AUGGAUAUGGUGCUGUUGGACAUGUUCCUGCUUCUCUCUUUGUGUCAUCAGAGCUUGACAGCUGUACUGAACAUGCACAUAGAGCCGAGGAAUCUGUUUGCAGAGAGAGCUUGUUGCAGACGCCAGAGUCACUUCAUCUACAUAGGACAAGAUAUCUUAGGCAGUCCAGUGAACGUGGAUGUGGGCAUGUGUCGAACGACCUGCGGCCAUGCGCAACCCUCAUCCUUUGAGGCAGGAAUGCAAGGCUACUCCUCCAUGCUGGACUUCCUGAGAGACAAAAAGAUGCGAACUCCAGGAGCGCCCUCUCAUGAGUUCGGAGGAUUUGGGGGAAACCUUCCCUCGUGCGGCACCAGCAUGACCUGUGAACCCACAGGACUGCGUGUGGACAAAGUGAUGCUCAUGGACGGCCUGCGUGAGGUGGAAAUCAUUGAGGACUGCCACUGUGAGGCCAAAGUGACCCGCUGUGUCCGAGCACCCUCGCUCAGAACCUACCUCUUUGAAACGCCUUAUGAGACUGUUAUAGACGUGGGCAAGUGUGUGGGAUCCAAAGGUGAACCAGAGGGCUUUUCCUGCGUUCCUACUAAGUUCGAUUCUGCUGUUGUGGACACGCCUAAUAAAGUGGAGCUGAUUCAGACGGUGGCCGGAUGCGAUAUGAAAGAAGGCUGCUACAGAAUCCCAUAUGUGGAAUAUCAUUAUGAGAUCACGUACAAUGAAGACGGGCUCAAGGAAGAAAAACUAAAGGAAAUAGAUGUGGGGAGAUGUUUGGGAAGCUGCACCUCAGGAAACCGCUGUCUUCUAAGGAGUGCGUCUGAUUCGGCGGAGUGUCUGCUGUGGGCAGAGGGACAAGGCAGCGCGUGCGUUCCACAAGGCUACGAGAGCCACACGUUUCUCAAUCAGCAUGGACAAACCCGAACGGUGUUGGCCAUCACCUCGUGCCUCUGCCAGUCUUAAGCACAGUGACCUCUACUGAAAGUGCUCACACACUGCACCAACCAAGUGGACUUGACUCGUGUUGACCGUGUGAAUGCAGAAGCACGUUAUAGGUCGGAAUCUAUAACUCAAAUCUAUUAUGUUAAAAUAGCACCCGGUGUUCUGGUA